AUGGAAGCUUUCCAUGUUGAUUAUAAUCGAAAACUUAAUAGUGAUCAAUUUUGGUGGUUUAUAUUCACUCAAGUUGACAUAAAUCAUAAUGGGAAAAUUGAUAAAAAUGAAUUUAAAGAAUAUAUGAAUAAAUAUAUUGGAGUAAUUAGUCGUAAAGAUAUAGAAAAAGCAUUUAAAUAUUGUGAUCGUGAUAAUAAUGGAACGAUUGAAUAUGAAGAAUUUAAAAAAUAUAUGCUUUGUGAAUAA